ACUGGAGUUUAUUCCUGCGAUGCGAGGGGAGAAAACCAUGUGAGAAACGAGGUUCUCACAUAUCCAAUCCUGUUCCCUCAAUCUCCUCCACUUCUCCACUUUUGAGCUCGGCUCUUUUGAUUGAUGUAAUCUUUGGCGCUGCUGCAGGUUUCAACUUUGACUCGGUUCUAAUCUGAAGUCUGAAAAUAGCAAGUUGCCCCAACGAAUGUAAACGUUAUAAUGAGCUGAUCAGUAGUGAGAGACCUUUCCAAUGGCAGAAAAUGUUGCCAUUCCAUACAAUGUGAAGCUUCGAGUUCAUGGAUAUGCCUCUGCAGAUCAAUCCUUUUUGGUCAAAACUUCAAAACUCCCAUGCAGAAGGGGCUUUAAUAGUGGAAGUUGUCAAGUUGACAGGUUUUUGCAAUGGAAAUCCUGCAAGUUCAUUAAUCCUCACUUAUGCAUUAUAAAUUCAACUCCCAAACAGGGCACUCCUGUCAGAUGCUGUUCCUUGAAUGCACUCGCUAGUGUUAAUGGUGCAGUUGCUUCUGAUUGGAUUCCUUUUGUGGAUCAAGUCCUUCUUCUAGCAAGCAUAACACUCACGUAUAUGGCUGGAGUAAUUCAAUGGGACAAGUCCCAAUUUAACACUCCCACAAGCUUGCCGGUUGAUGUAAUGCCUGAAGACUCAUCCUCGGGUAGUGUAACGACAGAUGAUGAUGUUAAUCUCAACUUUACAUGGGAUGUUGUGAAAAGAAAACUUAUGGAUUCCUUAUUAGCAAUUAAAGAAGGGGUAAGUUUAAGUGAAAAUUUUGCCCAAUCUGAACAAAGCUUUGCAAAACUACCUUCAAGUUUGUUUGCUGUUGCUGAGGGUCCCAGAAUGAGAUUGCUGUGGGCAUCAUUUCAGUGGCUAAAUAAAGCGGUGGCAAAUAUAUCCACAAAUUCUUCUGCGAAAUCAGUCAAUGACUUCCGUGGCGUUUUUGAUGAAAUUAUUCGAAAAUCUUGCCGAUCUCUUUGCAUGGAUUGGCUGGAGGAGGAACUUUGCCUCAUCUCCAGAAAACCUGACAAGGAGCUUUUUCGUAUGGUAGAAAGUAGGCUAAUUGGAUAUGACAGCAUACUCGAAAAUAUCAGAAAGUCUUGCAAGGAAAAUCUCUAUGCAGAGUUUGUAUAUGCCCUUAAGUUUGGUUCUUCCAGGAAAGGUGGCUAUUACAGCAAUAGUUUGUACCUUCAGCAUGGUGUAGUGAUAUUAGAAGAUUUGCUGAUUACAUUAGCAGAUGGCAUUGCAAGCAUGUAUUUGGAGCUUAUAUCCGUGGAUAGUAGCUUGUCUAAUGAAAUCAACAACCUCGGUUUGAGCUUGUGCACGCUGUCCACCAGAGCACUUCAGCGAUUGCGCAAUGAGGCAGUGCUGCACCAAUGGUUGCAUCAAAACAUGGCUGCCGUGAUAUCCAUGUACGAAGAUCACUUUGUUCUUUGCAUGCUUCAAAGGCAAGUUGUCGAGGAGUUGAAUUCAGGCGGGGGCAAUAAUUUUGUGUGGUGGAAGAGGCUUAUUGGGAAGAGAUCAGCAUCAUCCCAGUCGGCAUCAUAUUCAUUGCAUGCUAUCAAAAUCAACCACAUCUCUGUACCAGUUAAAAGGACAAAAGAAUUAAGGGCCUUGACUGGGUGGAGGUAUUACUUCAGUCUCUUCCUCGAAUUGGCCGAUAUUGCCAUGCCAGUUGUGAGGACAGUGGUUGGUAAAGUUAGCGAUGCCAUCUCAUUCUUCCUGGUCAGCUUGAUCGGCCGGUCCUUGGGCCUAAUCUACUCGGGAAUCAGGAGCGCCUUGCGCCUUAAGUAAGGUUUUAAUUGAGCCAAGCCAUUCGGUCCCCUGAAUUACUAUUACAUCUUUUUUGUCGCUCAUUAUUUCAGAAUAUGGCAGCAUGAAAUUCUUGUUGAGAAAUAUUGGCAAUCAUCCAUAAAAUGAAUUGCAGAGUUUUUUUUUUUUUUUUUUUUUUUCAGUUUGUGAUGAUCGACUAACAUUCUCUGUGGCUGUAGCUAGUAACUGUAAGUCUAUACCCACACAAUUGGAUCUUUGGUAGCUACAUCAUUUUAGGGCAUCUCAUUAUAUUUUAUA